CUGUCAGCCAGGGGGAUUUUUCUUGUAAUCGCGCGUUUUCUCCCCCGACUCGGCACGGAUUGUAAACAAACAAAUUGUGCGAAAAACGUGUAAAUUAAUCCAUUUACCCACCCGGGAUUAGCGCGGAAACCGUUUAGCAGCGUGCUUUGGCUGCGUGUUUGCGUGUGCGUGGGCUGUUUGGCUGCCCCGGUUUGCAAUGUCGGUCGUAAUCGAGACCACGAUCGGCGACAUCACGGUGGACCUGUUCCUGAAGGAGCGUCCCCGGGCCGCACUCAACUUCCUGAAGCUGUGCAAGCUGAAGUACUACAACUACAACCUGUUCCACACGAUCCAGUCGGACUUUAUUGCGCAGACGGGCGACCCAACCGGGGCCGGCGAUGGCGGCUCGUCCGUGUGGGGCAUCCUGGAGGGGGCGGAGAAGCGCUACUUCGAGGGUGAAAGCGUGCCGAAGAUCAAACAUUCCGAGCCCGGGCUGCUGUCGAUGGUGAAUGCGGGCGAGCAUCUGAUUGGGUCGCAGUUUUUCUUCACCCUCGGGCCGGACCUGACCUCGCUCGAUGGGCGCCAUACCGUGAUCGGCGAGGUGACGGAGGGCCACGAGGUGCUGCGGAAGCUGAACGAGGUGAUCUGCGACGACCGACACCGGCCGUACAAGGAUGUGCGCAUCACGCACACGGUCGUGCUGGACGAUCCGUUCGAGGAUCCGCGCGGGUUCCGCGAGCCGAGCCGGUCGCCCUCGCCGUCGGCCGAGCGGCUGCAGGGCGGCCGGAUUGCGGCGGACGAGGAGAUUGACGAUUUGGGCGGCAAGACGGAGCAGGAGAUUGCGGAAAUGAUUGCCGAGCGGGAGGCAAAAGCGCGGGCCACGAUACUGGAGAUCGUGGGCGACAUCCCGGACGCGGAUAUUGCGCCGCCGGAGAACGUACUGUUCGUGUGCAAGCUGAACCCGGUCACGACGGACGACGAUCUGCAGAUCAUCUUCAGCCGAUUUGGCAAGAUCGUCGGGUGCGAGGUGAUACGGGACAAGGUGACCGGCGACUCGCUGCAGUACGCGUUCAUCGAGUUCGAGAACCAAAAGUCGUGCGAGGACGCUUACUUUAAGAUGGACAACGUGCUGAUCGACGAUCGCCGCAUACACGUCGACUUUUCGCAGUCCGUGUCGAAGAUCAAGUGGCGCGGCAAGGGCCGAGGAAUCGAGUUCAAGGACGGGGCCGAUAAGCGGUCGUUCAAGGAUUACGAUCGUAAGAAGCAGCAGCAGCAGCAAACGAACCGUAACGGAGGCGGAUCCAACAAGCGGUCGAAUGCUUCGCCGAAAAGGGAACGUGAACGGGAGCAGGAACAGAAGGGGCGCUCCCGGUCCGAUUCAGGAUCUCGUUCUCGAUCGCGUUCCAAAUCGCGUUCCAAAUCGCGUUCCAAAUCGCGCUCCAAAUCGCGAUCCAGAUCUCGUUCUAGGUCUCGUUCCAGGUCCCGCUCCAGGUCCCGCUCCAGGUCCGGGUCUCGUUCGCGUGCCAGAAAGGUGGACCGUCGUCAGCGUAGCCGUUCGCGCGACCAUAUCCGCGAUCGGGAUAGAAACCGCCCUCCGGGACGCAACGCACAGGAGAGCAAUCGUGGUCGAAAGCCAAACCUGACCGAACGCAACUCCGCCUACAUGGAGCAGCGCAACGGGCGAGACAUUCGCAUCAACCAGGGUAUGGUGGAUUACAAAAACCGUCCCUAUCCCAACAGCUUCGUGCAGCGUAAGGGGCCGCGCGAUAAGAAUGCACCGCGCGGUGGCGGCCGCUCAUCGCGGGGCGCUUUGCACUGGUCCGAUCCACUACCACCGCGGCGUCGAUCUCGUUCGCGGGAUAGACGCACGAGACAGUCCCGUAGUCGAUCGCGGUCGCGUGACCGUCGCCACAGCCCACCCGACCGGCACGCCGGUAGCCAGAGGAUGCAUUCGCGCGAGGACAGGGACCGCCGGCAGCAUUACGGCGAGCGGGCGGCUGGAAGCCCCUCGUACAGCCGGCAGUCCCGGGCGGAUAAGGAGUACGGACGGGGCGAGCCGGCGAAACAGAACCGGGCGCGACCGAAUGCGAAACCAGUGAAGCGACGAUCGUCCAGCAGCGGCUCGUCGAGGAGCGGCAGCAGCGAGCCGAAGGAGAAGAGGAAGCGUAGAAGCCCGUCGCCGGAUUCGGUAGACUCGGACAGUUCCUCCACCUCCAGCUCGUCCAGUGCGUCGGACGAACGGGCUAAGAAGCGCAAGAAGAAAGCGACGAAAAAGAAAUCGAAGAGCAGCAGCAAAUCGAGCAAGAAGCGGAAGGACUCCGUCUCCUCGGACGAGGGAAAGCACCGGAAGAAGUCGAAGGGGAAGAAGAAGAAAAAGAAGCAUUAAACUUUAGAUUAAAUGCAUUGGUGGUAAUUAAGCUGUCUGAUGGAUAUUUCAGUUGAAAGGAAAUAAAGCAACGGAAUUUGCGCACAUGUGCUAUGUGUUAGAUGAAUAAACUUUGAAUUAGUGUGACAAACAUGA